AUGUUGGGUCGCUCCACUAUAGCAGGACAACGAGCACUAAGCAUCUCUUCCUUGUCGAAGAACAAGGAGGUGUUUAUUAUUGGAGCUGCCCGGACACCAGUUGGGUCCUUCCGAUCACAGUUAGCCUCGGUGUCAGCUCCACAACUAGGAAGUACUGCCAUAAAGGCUGCUGUGGAGAGAGGCGGCUUGAAACCGGAGGAUGUACAGGAGGACGGAAUUGUGAAGGAUGGUCUCACAGACGCUUACGAUCUGUGCCAUAUGGGUAACUGUGGAGAGAAAACUGCGAAGGAAUUAGCAAUCUCCAGAGAAGCACAGGAUGAGUAUGCCAUUGGAAGUUACAAGAAGUCUGCAGCCGCUUGGAAAGACGGAAUUGUGAAGGAUGGUCUCACAGACGCUUACGAUCUGUGCCAUAUGGGUAACUGUGGAGAGAAAACUGCGAAGGAAUUAGCAAUCUCCAGAGAAGCACAGGAUGAGUAUGCCAUUGGAAGUUACAAGAAGUCUGCAGCCGCUUGGAAAAAUGGAAUCAUGGCUGCUGAGGUGGUGCCCGUCAUUGUGAAAGGUAGAAAGGGAGAUGUCACUGUUGAUCAUGAUGAGGAAUACAAAAAAGUCGAUUUCGAUAAGUUGAAGUCACUGAAAACCGUCUUCCAGAAGGAUGGAACGGUUACUGCUGGUAAUGCAUCGACAUUGAACGACGGUGCAGCUGCAGUGCUUUUGGCAAGUUCUGAGGCUGUGAAGCAGCAUGGCUGUAAACCACAAGCCAGAAUUCUUGCAUUCGCUGACGCAGCGACAAAUCCACUGGACUUUGCCCUUGCACCUCCUCUAGCUGUAAAAAAGAUGCUGCAAAGCGCAGGUGUGAAAAUGACGGAAGAUCGAUCAUUGGGAAGUCAACGAAGCAUUUUCGGUUGUUCCCUUGGCAUUUAUCAAACAAGUGGGCUGUGA